AUGGGAGCAUGUGUAGCUCAUUUUAAAAAUAAUAAACAUCAAGAGUCUCUUCCAUCAAGUGAAACAUGCAAAUGUAAUCUUCCUAAUCAUAUACAAAAGAUUACUAAUGACAUACGAAAUACAUCUAAUGCGUAUGACGUUUCAUCACCUGUCGCUCAAAUAGGAAAUGAGAAUAUCUUAUGUAAUAAUCGAAAACGAUUAGAAACAAUGAUUCCGAUUAACAUGAUUGAAAAUAAAAAAGAAAUUAAAUCAAAAGAAUAUCACAUAAAUAAACGAGUUUUAACUUGGAUUAAUGAAAUCGAUGAAGAUGAUUCAUUAACACCGCCAAAGUCAAUGCUUUCAUUAAAUACUUUAUUAAUCCGACAAGAUGAACCACCACAACGUACAACAAAUAAACAAGAAAUACUCGAACAAAAAUAUUGUAAUAAACAAAAUUUAAAUACACAUAAAUUUGCUAAACUUCUAUUUUGA